UUUGCGGGCUUUAAAAACCACAGCCCUCAGGCAGGAGGACCUCUGAUCAGCGGAGAACUCCGGGGGACCAAAGAUGGACUCCGUGGAGAACAGCACUUUUGACUACGAUUAUUACUCCUCCUACACCUGGGACCCCAGUAGGUCCGUGGAUAACUCUUCCUACACCUCCAAGCUGGACGGUCUGCACGUGCUCACCCUGCUGAUCUGCGGGCUUGUCUUCCUGGUGGGAGUGCCCGGCAACAUCCUGGUGGUCUGGGUGACCGGGUCCGAGGUCAGACGAACCAUCAAUGCCAUCUGGUUUCUCAACCUGGCCGUGGCGGACCUCCUCUCCUGCCUGGGCCUGCCCAUCUUGUUUGUGACCAUUCUCCAGCACAACCACUGGUAUUUUGGGGACGCGGCCUGCCGCGUCUUCCCCUCCCUCAUCCUGCUCAACAUGUACGCCAGCAUCUUGCUGCUGGCCUUCAUCAGCGCCGACCGCUUCCUGCUGGUGUUUCACCCCGUCUGGUGCCAGAACUACAGGGACGCCCCCCUGGCCUGGGUGGCCUGCGCGGUGGCCUGGACCUUGGCCCUGCUGCUGACCAUCCCCUCGUUCCUGUUCCGGAAGGUGAGCACGCAGUACUUUCCCACCAAGACCGAGUGCGGCGUCAACUACGGUAGCAACAGUUUAAAGAAGGAGAAGGUGGUGGCCACCCUGCGGCUGUUCCUGGGCUUCCUGUGCCCGCUGGUGACGCUGGCCAUCUGCUACAGCUUCCUGCUGAUCCGGGCCUGGAGCCGCAGUGCCACGCGCUCCCUCAAGACCCUCAAGGUGGUGGUGGCGGUGGUGACCAGCUUCUUCAUCUUCUGGCUGCCCUACCAGGUGUCGGGGAUGCUGCUGGCCUUUUUCCACAAGGACCAGAGCAUCUUCAAAACCGCGUCCCGCUUCGACGCGCUGUGCGUGGCCAUCGCCUACAUCAACAGCUGCAUCAACCCCAUCAUCUACGUGGCGGCCGCGCAGGGCUUCCACUCGCGCUUCCUCCGGGCCCUGCCCGCCCGGCUGCGGAACGUGCUCGCCGAGGAGUCCACGGGCAGGGACUCCAAGUCCAUCACGCUCUCCACGGCCGACACCCCGGCCCAGAAGAGCCAGGCGGUGUAG